AUGUCCGAGUUUAACCUCUCCGAGCCUACCCGCGCCAUCCAUGUCGGCGUCGUCCUCAUGAACAGCAUCACGGAGGCGCUCGAUGUCGUGCCCGUUGAUAUCCUCCAUGGCGUGAGCGAAAAGUUCAUCGAGUCCAUGCCCUCGCUCGUCCCGGAGCCGCUGCAGAAGCAGGGUCUGCCGAUUGAGUUUCACUGGGUCUCUGAGAACGGCACCAAGGACACCCGACAGCUGAGCAGCGGCCUCAACGUCACUCCGACUGACUCCUUUGCUGAUUGCCCUGCCUUGGACAUUGUCCUCGUCGGUGCCCACCACAUCGACUACCACCUGACGGCUACCGAGCUGGCGUUUAUCCAAAAAGCUUACACCGACUGCUCCGCCUUCAUGACUGUCUGCGGCGGCAUCUUGGUCGCCGUCGAGGCCGGUCUCGUGGCACACAAAACCGUCACCGGCCCGCGCUUCAUGCUGCCGCAGCUCGGCGCCGCCGCGCCCGCCGCCACCUGGGUCGAGAAGCGCUACGUUCAGGACGGCAAGCUCUGGACGAGCGGCGCCCUGCACAACGGCCUCGACAUGAUGGCCGCAUUUAUGCGGCAGACGUGGCCGAGCCGGGGGAGCCAGGGCAUGAUGCUAGUGGACUAUGGGCUGGUGGUGGGGAGUGCUCCAAACAGGGACAUUGACUACAAGGACGAGCCGCUCCCGAACAUGUCAGCUGCCUCAGUAUAA